AUGCGUCUCUACUACCCCGUACUCCUUGUUGCGGCAGUCGCCAUCGCCAGCACCAACGUUUUAGCUGAUGGCGAUGGCGAAGAAAGGAGUAAUUUUGGAGAGUAUGAGAAAAUCGCAUCUUUCUUAUCGGAUGAAGUUGAUAUGGCUCCUGAGUUGGAGGUGGCUCCUGAGUUGGAAGCGCUUGUUGGUGAUUCCAGCAAGGGAAAGGGUAAAUAUCCGUCAAGUUCAUUAUUGAAGUCAAUGAAGAAGUUUAAUCCGUUUCGCGGUUCUUCCAGCAAGAUGAAGCAUGACUAUGGGAAACUUAAAAAAGAUAAACGUUCUGAGAUCCCGGAGCACCCUCUCAUCCAGGAAUUGGAAACGUUUUUGAAUCGUAUGACUUUGCCUGAAUUUCUUAGACACGCCCUGUUCGCAUAUUGGGAAGGAAAUGUAGCCACGUACACCAACGCUCAUAAUCCAAAAGGUUAUAUAAAAGAAUCAUAUUCGUUUUUACGAGAUAAGUUCGGGGACAAAGAAAUCAUGCAGGCGAUAAAUUCUAAUUAUGAUAAGGAUGCAGUCGUAUCGUUUAAAGAUCACCAAACUCGCUUUAUCACCGAUUGGACGCGAAAUAAGAAGAUGGAUGGUGAGUUUAAUGAAUUGCUGGAAGGUUUUGAGAAGGAGAUACGAAAAAGCUGGAAAGCAGUGUACGCGAAAGUCACUCGUUCACAGUCUAAAAAGCUACGAUAA